CGCCCUUCAAACGAAGAAGGCGUUAGACGUCUAAAGAAUGGCCGUGGAGUGUCACUGAAGGGUACCGAUUACUUAUGUCAUAGGCCCGCGCUGGCAAUCGCAUUCUUGAGCCGAGUGGGAUCUUUAAAUGAAACAAUAUUCGAGAACACGAAGGUGAACACGAAGGUGAUUUCGUUAAAGAGCCUGCGUUAUAUUGCCAUGGCUCUACUUACCUCGCAAGACCUUUUUGCUACGGUAUGGCCAUGGUGCUGUAGUUGGCCGGUAAUUUUUGCCUUUGUGGCGGUCACUAUUGCUGGAUUGGUGACGGUGAAGGGCCUCGCUUCAAAUGGCAGACAGAAGCACAAGCGGAUGCCGCCUGGACCAACUGGCCUGCCACUACUGGGCUACCUCCCGUUCAUAUGGAAACCAUACCACGUAGCUUUUAGGGAGAUCUCUGAAAAAUAUGGUCCAAUUAUCAGGCUUCAGCUUGGAAUAAAGAACGUUGUGGUGCUGAACGACGUAGCGACCGUUCGAGAAGCUCUCUCGAACCCCGACCUACUGCAUCGACCCGAUGAUUUCAUGUUUAGAUAUCUUGGGUUAAAAGGCAUUGUUGGAAUAAACGGUGAGGCGUGGCUUGUGAACCGUAGGUAUUGCUUCCACGUAUUGAGGGACCUGGGUUUUGCCAAGAAACCUAUGGAGGACCACAUUCGGGAAGAGCUAGAAUGCUUUGUGAAUCUCCUCGAAUCAAAGAAAGGACAGCCUAUGCUAAUCGCUAAUCCACUCGCUGCCAGUGUGGCCAACAACAUCUCAGCACUAGUAUUUGGACGCCGGUAUGACCUGGAUGAUCCCGAAGGCCGUUUCUUCGUGGGCUUGCUCAGCACCUUCCUACGCCGUGCAAAAUUAUUCUGCGUCAUGGACUUCCUGCCUGUACUUCGCGUGAUAGCGUCUUACAUCCCAGGCACGAGAGUGCGCAUCAUGAAUUACGUUAUAGAGGAGCUUAAAAAGCUUGUAAGAAAUGAAGUGAAGGAACGCGGUGGCAACGUGGAGAAUUACGCAGAGAGAGAUUUCAUUGACGGGUACUUGAGGAAGAUCCAAGAAAACAAGGGAACCGAUUCUCAUUACACAACAAGAUAUCUGGAAGGCAACGCGAUCAACUUCUAUGGUCCUGGAACUAACCCCGUGCGAACAGUGACCUUGUGGAGCCUGUAUAUUGCUGCCAGCGACCCCGAGGGAAUGCAGGCCCGUGUGCAGAGGGAAAUCGACGCCGUCGUGGGUCGUCAGAGAACACCCGCGUGGGAGGACAGGGUGCGCAUGCCGUACACCAUGGCGUCCAUUCUGGAGACCAUGCGCUGGAGGACACCUACGCCCCUCAGCCUGCACAGGGCAGCCGCGUGCGACACUACCAUCGGGGGCUAUCAUGUACCUGCUGGAACAUUAGUGGUACCGAACAUGUGGAGUCUUAACAACAACCCGAAAGAAUGGGAUAACCCAGCCCGGUUCGACCCAACACGUUUCCUCACCGCUGAUGGCAAGAAGGUGGACGAAAAACCAUUGGCCUUCAUUCCGUUCAGCGUGGGAAGGCGGGCAUGCCCGGGAGAAACCUUGGCUCUCAUAGAAGUCUUUCUAUACGUCACCACCGUGCUACAAAAGUUCAAGGUACUCCCUGAAGAAGGAAAAACGCUCUCCCUGGAGGCCAAGCACGGCCUCCUUUCGCUGGUAGACGAGACGCAACCAUUACGCUUCAUACCACCUAUUUUUCUGCGCAUCCGUGCGUCAGGUUUUCGCAGAAAGCCAACAGCAUUGAUGCACAGGCGCCUCCAUUACGUCUCCUUCGUUGCCGCCUGGGAAAGCAGCUGGUCGGUAAUUUUCGUAUGGUUGGCUGUCACAUUUGCUGGACUGCUGAUCUUAAGGAACCUUGCUUCAAAGAGAAAAUACAAGACAGAUAGGCGCUUGCCACCUGGACCAAGAGGCAUUCCAGUUCUUGGCUAUCUUCCAUUCAUAUGGAAACCGUACCACGUGGUAUUCAAGGAGUUGAGCAAGAAAUAUGGUCCCAUUAUAAGAUUGCAGCUCGGAGUGAAGGAUCUGGUGGUGCUCAACGACGCCGUUUCCGUUCGAGAAGCACUCACAAAUCCUGACGUGCUUUAUCGACCAAGCGAUUUCGUCUUUAACUACCUCGGUGUGAAGGGAAUUGCUGUGUUGAACGGCGAAGCAUGGCAAGUCAACCGAAGAUAUUGCUUUCAAAUAAUGAGAAACCUGGGCUUCGCCAAGAAAUCUAUGGAGGAACACAUUCACGAAGAAUUAGAACGCUUCGUGGAAUUUCUUACAUCUUGUAAAGGACAACCCGUGCAGAUAGCUCAGCCACUCACGUCCAGCGUUGCUAACAACAUUUCAGCAUUGGUGUUUGGGCUGCGCUACGACUUGGAUGAUCCCAGGGGCCGCGUUUUCGAAAGCCUGCUCAGUACAUUCCUUCGAUACGCGAGCUUCUUCUCUGUCAUGGAUUUCCUCCCGUUUGUUCGCACUCUGGCUUUUUACGUUCCAAACUCAAAUUUGCGCAUCAUGGACUGCGUGAUGAAGGAGAUGAGGCAGCAUGUCAGAAAUGUGGUUAAAGAGCAUGAAGAAAAUAUGGACCAGUACGCAGGGACAGAUUUCAUUGACGGAUACCUGAGGAAGAUCAAGGAAAACAUGGGAACCGAUUCUCAUUAUACGAUGGAAUAUUUGGAAGGCAAUGCGAUCAACUUCUACGGUCCAUCAACCAAUCCUGUGCGAACUGUGAUCUUGUGGAUGUUGUACGUUGCUGCCAGUGACCCCGAUGGCCAGCAGGCACGCAUACAGCGAGAAAUCGAUGCGGCCGUGGGCCGCCGGAGGUUGCCGGAGUGGAAGGACCGCCUAAAGAUGCCAUACACUAUGGCAUCCGUUUUGGAGACGCUGCGCUGGAGGACUUCGUCGCCUUUCAGUAUGCACAGGGUGGCGGGGCGGGACACAGUAAUCGGCGGAUAUCACGUUCCUGCUGGUACUUUUGUCGUGCCGAACAUGUGGAGCCUCAACAACGAUUCGGAAAUUUGGCGCAACCCGUCGGAGUUCGACCCCAGACGCUUUCUUAAUGCCGAUUGCACAGAGGUGGACGAGAAACCAUUGGCGUUUAUUCCUUUCAGUCUGGGAAAGCGAGCGUGCCCUGGUGAGACCCUGGCUCUUAUGGAAGUCUUUCUGUACGUCACCACCGUUCUCCAGAAGUUCAAGAUCUAUCCUCAAGAAGGAAAGACCGUCUCCCUCGACAUUGAACCAGCUCUGCUCAUGGUCGUCGACGAUACGCAGGCGCUCCGCUUCGUUGAACGAUAACUCAUAAUGUGACAGCAGAUAAGAGACAGAGACUUAUACAGGUCUCAAGGGCUUACUCGAAUAUCAAGUGGAAGAGCUGUCGACAGCUACAUAGCAAGCUAUCCUAAUUAUCUACAUCGAGGUUCUCUGUUAUCAUCUUAUAUUAAGAAUAGCGGGUUCCAGUCGCUGGCCUAAAUUGUUCAAGAAAUCAGCAGAACGUGCUGCUCACUGCAGUACGUGUGGUUAGAGGACAAGAUUUUGAUGGGUCUUAGAUGCCUCAUCAAAAGCGAAAAGUGACCAUCGGUGCUGGCGUCAACACCAAUGAUGCAAACAAUUAUCACCACGUGAUGACGUCACCCAAUAACGCCAUCAUGACAUCACAGGUCACCAAAAUUUGUGACGUCAUCAUGACUUCACAUGAGACCUUGCAGAAUAAAUAUCUCUGGCUCUUACCAAGUUGAUUUUAUAAACCUCAGCAGCCGCGUUCGGCGCGCGGCUCUUGUGAUUCUGCGUGACUGUAUAAGUAGUGAAGCCUUCUGGGAAAGAAAUAAACUGUUACCA